UUUUUAUCAAUGUCUAUUUCAUAAGACUGGCACAUAGCAAAGUAAUGCACUCUGUCUUACUAACAAUGAGCUAACUGGCAAUAUGUACGGACCAAAACAUUAGCAAAUUAGACCGUGCAGGAGUUUGCACGCAAAUUUCCAAGUACUUUAAGUUCUGACUUUAUCAUAAAUCUUCUUUUUGUGAAUUUAAAAAAUAUAAGCUGAUGAUCCAUACACUUUCAUUAUAAAGUAGAUAUGAUUGGUGAAGUUAGAAAGGGUAGGCCUAUAUUUAUUUUGUGUGUGUUUGUGCACACAUCACACACACGCUCCAGUUGGGCCACCCCAGUCAUACAAAUCUGGACACGCCCCUGCUUAAGAAGUAAAGCAAAACUAGUGUGUACGCUUGCUUGAGUAUACUUAGUUAUGUUCACCAAAUAAGUUCUGUCUAUUUCAUAGCAGGUUCUGUCAAAACAAGAAAGAAGUAAUGCUCAGUAUAUUCACUUUUUUUAUUAAGUGUUUCUGUUGAAUUCACUUUUACACUGCUUCUUCACUAUAAUCACUGGCUGUGGCUCAGUGGUCUCAUCUUUUAACCAGAGGGUUGGGGGUUAAAUCUCAACCUCCUGCAGUCCAAGCGUCCUUGGGCAAGACACUGAACCCCUGAGCUCCUGUCGCUGUGCUGUGCUGUAACUGCAGUUCCAGUGAAACGCUUUGGCAGCAACAAUGUUUGAUCUGUGUAAGCCUGUUUAACAUGUGGCACACCCUGCAUGAAUGAGAUCAUUUGGUUGACUGUUUGCAUACUGACAUACCUUUUAAAGAUGAGAGAAAAAAAAAAACUCGCAGAGCCUUUCAACAGAAGUGAAACUGAACAAGGCCAAGGGAAGAGCAUGCACACAGCACUUUGGGAGUGAAGAGACAAAGAGACAGAAGGCUCUGUGAUUAAGGAGCAUCUAAGAAGCUGAACGAUAUGGCCUCCGCUCAAGCAUCACCCUGCGACACUGGAUCAAUGGAGAAGAACUUCACAUGCACCAUCUGUAUGGAUUUAUUUGUGGAUCCUGUCACUACAGCUUGUGGCCACUCCUUUUGUAAGAACUGUCUGAGCCGCAACUUUCUUUACAAUGACCUGGCGUGCCCAUUGUGCAAGCGGUAUCUGAGCCAAACCCCAGAUGUGAACAUCAUCAUGAGAAGCAUUGUUGAAGAGAUGAAAAAACCGAUCCCAGAGAAUAAUGAGAAUGAGUACACUGGGGCGUCCGGCGAAGUGGCCUGUGACGUUUGCACAGAGCGAAAGCUGAAAGCCAAGAAGUCGUGCCUUGUGUGCCUCGCCUCGUAUUGUUCGACCCACCUGCAGAAUCAUUCUGCGACUCAAAGGUUAAAGGGCCACAAGUUGGUGCAACCUGUGGAGAACUUGGAUGAGAGGGCCUGUCUGCAGCAUGGACGCCCCUUAGAGCUGUACAGCAGGACGAAGGAGAGAUGCAUCUGUGUCCUCUGUAUGGAAGACAACAAGGAGGUGUUGGUUCCUACUGAAGAAGAAUGGAGCAGGAAGAAGGCUGAGCUUCAAAACAACAAGACUGAGUUUCAACAGAAAAUUGAAAACAGAAAAACACGGAUGGAUGAGAUAAAUGCAUCUCUUAAGAGCUGUGAGGACCAGCUGAAUGAUGAAUGUGGGGCUAUUGAUGCUGUGUUCACAGCUGUGAUUGCAAUUGUGAAGGGAGCGCGUGACAGAGCUCUUCAGCCUCUAAAGGAAAGGAGGCAGGCUGUGGAAAAGGAGGCAAAAGACAUCGAGGAGAAGAUGAAAGCAGAGAUCUGCCAGCUUGUGAAAACCAUCUCUGAGCUGGACGAUAUAUCUGCGCUUGAGGAUCACAUCCUUUUCCUGCAGAAGUACCCAUCUCUUCAAGACCUGGACAACAUCAAAGAUUGCCCAGAGGUAGAGCUGGACACGUCACUGUCAUUUGGCACCAUGAGAAAAAUCACGACCGCCAUGUUGGAAUCAAUUCAACAGGAACUGGAGCGGCUGACCCCCAUUGAGAUUCAAAGAAUUCCAAAGUUCACAGUGGAUGUGAGGCUGGAUCCAGCCACUGCGCACCAACACCUCAUUCUUUCUGAUGAUGGUAAGGAAGUCAAAGAUGGAGAAGAAGACCAGGAAGUUCCUGAUUCUCCAGAGAGGUUUGAUGUGUUUGGCAGCGUCCUGGGUCUUAACAGGUUGACCUCUGGGAAGUCCUACUGGGAGGUGGAGGUCAGAAACAAGACUGGAUGGGAUCUGGGUGUAGCAAGAGGGGACGCAAACCGAAAGGGAAAACUAACGCUGACCCCAGACAAUGGGUACUGGGUUACUGUGCAUUUUGAAGAUGAGAAGUACGCAGCCCUGACAUCUCCACCAGCUCGUCUGUCCCUGACAGAGAAGCCUCAGAAAGUGGGAGUGUUUGUGGAUUAUGAGGAGGGUCUCGUGUCCUUUUAUGAUGUGGCUUCCAAAUCUCACAUCUACUCGUUUACUGACUGUUCAUUCAACGGCAGGAUCUUCCCAUAUUUCAGUCCCCAUGGGAAAAAAGACGAGGAAAACAUGGAUCCUUUGAUUAUUUCUUCUGUGCAAAUUGGUGAACUGGAAAUGGAUCUGUCAUGAAGAAUACGGGGGUAAGUUGUGUUUUGGUAAAUGUAGUUCUUUUUUCUUACAUUGAAUUGUUUCUUGUGUAAUAACAUUCAGGGUACUAUCUGGAGUUUCAGACAACCAUGAAAUAUUUGUUUGGACAGGGAUACAACUGAAAAUAAAUGUUGAAAAAAACAGCAUGGCUUGGGAUUUGGGCCUAGCAUUUCCAUCUUAGAAAAUAACUGCUGUCAAACUGUUACAAUUUCUAAUUGUGAUUAAUCGCAACAUUUCAUUAGUUAAUCAUGAUUAAUGACUUUUUUAAUUGCAUGUUUAUAAUUCCAUUAUUUCAUUUGCUAGGCUUUUAUUUUGAAUGUUUGUGCUGUCUUAAGCUGAGAAUUCAACACUACUUUUAAUUUGAAAUAAAGUAAAGACCUUCUGGUUGAUUGAAGGUCACGACAUUAACUUAACUAAGGUCAAAGGAACUUGUUAAAAAAUAACUAAAAAUAACAGCUCAAAGUAACGGUAAAAAAGGUUAAAUGUUGUAAUGUGGAUAUUACUUUGGACUCGUCAGCUGAGCUGUCUGAGAGUUUUUUUAAAAAAAGUGAAAUGAGACGUUCUAAAUGCUGAGGUGUCGUUCUUCUCCAUCACUGUGACCACAGGGAGGCGCUGGCUUAUCCACGGUGCGCCUAAAGGGACAAAAUAGUAUGCGAUUAAUCGCGUUUAAAAAAAUCAAUGCAUUAAUUUCAGUCCUUAAUUAACAAGUUAAUGCCACACACACGUAUACAUAUAUGAUAUUAUCAUGAAGAAAAAUAAACAUCAAAUGCUUUUACUCAGCAUAACAUGUCUUUUUUUUAAAUCUACCAUGAAAUCUGAUUAUUAAAAAAAAAGGGGGGAGAGGGGCUUCUGAAUAAUUUGUGUAAAUAUUUAAAACGUGGACAUUGUAUGUAACAAAUCAUCUGAAAUUGUCAAUUAAAAAAAUUAACAUUUCUUAUGA